UCCACACCUGUGACAAUGAAUGCUCAAAGUUGAACAUCAAACUCCGAGGGGCCGUGCAAAGUGCGGAAUCUGCUUCCUUAGAAAGCGGUAAUGACUAAUGGUUACAGAAGUCCAGCAAGGUUUUACACCCAGUCUAGGGUUAGGGCUUUUGUCGUGAUUUGAUGACUUCGAGAGUUCUGAAAAAUACAUGGACUCCAGAAACAGUCUUGAACGAGCUUAGUCUUUGUUUCCUCGGCACUAGUUUGGAGGUUUGGUGUUCCGAUUGCGUGGGGCAUGUGACGAGAGUUGUGUCGACUAUAUCAAGUAAGAUUUUAGGCUAGAUAAUAAGGCGAGAGCCUCGAGGGCGACAGGGUAGGCGCGAUGUCCUACUUAUACGAGAAGAGUCCGGUUUGGCGGUGGAUCGUGGCGUCGGGACGAUCGUCAAGGUCGUUCAUGGUCGCAUUCUCUGGAUUAUGCCUAUUUUUGCCGAUAGCUCUGGGGCAGAUGACCAUGAGCGCAACGAGCUAUAAUGAUGAGGAACUGCAGAAGCAACUCCUGAAACGAGGCCGCGAUGAUUCUCUGGUGAUGGGUCGGGUGAAUAAGGAGAGGUUGGGACAGCUGCUAGGUGAAAUUCAGCGUAAGGAAGAUACUGAAGAUAGGUACAAGGCAGCUUUACGCGGAGAGACGCUAACAGGAACACCCGAGGCCCGGAUUCGUGGCGGAGGAGGUAGUUCAAUGGCGCCAGGCCUAUCAGGGUCAUCGGUUAAAUCUUCGACUGGUGCAACCAGUAAUAAUUCACCAAAUCCCUCAGUUCCGUAAUUGUGUAAGAAUCAGGGGCAGACUCUGAUGCUUUUGGAUGGAGAGAGGUCCGGGAUUGUUUGAUUUCGAGCUAAGAUCAGUUGGAUGAUUAUCCUUGAAGUUUAAGGCGAGCAAUGACGGUCUCUGUUCCAGUAUAUGAGAUCAAUGUUCUCGGACCUGGUUCGCCGUGGUUCAAAAAUAAAUGACAGCGCAAACAUUUAGAGCCUACCAGCUUUGACAUGUAUAGCAUGAAGUCCGCUAUCUUCACUAAGGAAUCAGGGUCGGACGGGAAAUGGAUUUGUGUAGAGAGCUCUGGACAUCUGUUUAGAUAAAUAUUAGAGUCAACAGGGUAGUGUCUUGAUACAAUUUCGCUGAUGAUACCACUGGCCGGACGCUGUGUAGUUCAGAGGGAGCGAACAUGGACUCCACUCCGCAGACAUUCCUUCUUGAGUCGAAAGUGUUGAAGCUCCCGAGUUUCUUAUAGCUGGCCCGUUAUAACCCGUUUCCCCUUUCAGCUUCUUACUUGCUGCACCUGCUCACUAUUUGGAAAUCUCACAAGAGUCUGCAAGGUUUUUCUUAUCGUGUAGACGUUGCAUUAGUCUUUACUCGUUAAGUUGCACAGUGGAGGGUGGCCGUUUCUGCAAGGCCGACGUCACUUCACGCCAUGCUUAAUAAAAACUUUUGAAGUACUGUAAAGUCGAG